AUGUACAUAUCAGCAAGAUCGAAUACGAUGAUCUUGCUAUCUCUGUAUGUCUUUACGAUAUUGUUGAUAUUAUUAACUCCAUUGUCAAAGAAAAGCAACUUUCCUCUUCCUUUCAAGGUUUGGAUUCCUUGCGGCUUAGAAUCCAGACCUGCAUAUUUUUUGACGUAUUUGCACCAAGUAGUGGCUGCUCUCCCGGCAGCUAUUAUAACAGCUUCAGUUGAAAGUUUAGCGUCGGUUAUAGUGCUACAAAUUUGCGCGCAAUUAGAAAUUAUCGCUCAUCGCCUGCACUUACUUCCUCUAUUACAGAAAAAAAAUUAUUGUGAAUCCAUAAUCUAUAAAUGUGAGUCGAGCAUCGUGAAAAAUUGCGUUAAUCGUCAUAUUGACACAUACAUGCUCGGAGAAAAAUUGAACGAAUCAUUUGGCCCUGUUGUUUUUAUACAAUCUUUAACAACAGUGCUUAGUUUGUGUGUGGCUAUCUAUCCAUUAUCACACUUGGACACCAGUAUAUUUAAUCUAAGAACUUGGAGUCUAAUAGUUCCCUUGUCCUCUGUUCUCUCUCAAAUGUUUCUUUACUGCUUUUAUGGCGAAAAAUUAAUUGAAGAGAGUAUGGCUAUUAAAGAAGAAGUUUACCAUAUAGAUUGGAUCGAAACAACGAUUAAAACUAACAAAAAACUUGCUUUAAUAAUGGUACGUGCUGGAAAACCUAUGAAGUUUACUGCUUUCUCACUUAUCAUCAUGACAAUAGACACAUUUGUCAAAGUUUUACGCUGGGACCGCGAUUUCCCAGAACCUGAUAUACUGUUAAAUUCAGCGAUGAGGGGGCAACAAGGCGAAAGAGAUGCGCUUCCAAGGUCACCGAAGUUGCGCAAUUCAUGGCUCGGUACUAUAAGAAGUUACAAACAAGAAGAAGAAGAGCAACGGUUCGAAGAACUUCGAUUUAACGUGAAGGUCAUUGAGGCCGAGCCAGAAACCCCUGGUGAAUCGCAGUCUCAGUUUAACAUGUGA